AUGAAGCUGACUACUGCCUUUGUCGUUGCGCUUAGCGCCUCGUGCGCCUUUGUGGAUGCUCGUACCUUUACCACCAAGCUCGAGAAGCACCCGUUGGCCACCGAGCGCACGCUCGCCUCGAUGGCGUCGCAGAUUGACAUGCUUAAGUACAAGUACGAGGGCGUCAAGUCGCAGCGUCCCUUCUCCUUCGGCAAGAUGAAGGAGGACCUGAGUGCUGCUGUCCUCCCCGAGGGCCGUUUCUCGCCGGAGUGGAAGGCGCGCGCCAACGCUGGCCACAAUGUGCCGCUCUCCGACUUUUUGAACGCGCAGUACUUUGCAGACAUUACGCUCGGUACGCCCCCCCAGAAGUUCAAGGUUAUCCUCGACACGGGCUCGUCGAACCUCUGGGUUCCUUCCGAGUCGUGUGUGUCCAUCUCGUGCUUCCUGCACGCCAAGUACGACAACAGCGAGUCGACGACCUACCACAAGAACGGCUCUCAUUUUGAGAUCCAGUACGGUUCCGGCUCGAUGGAGGGCUUUGUCUCGAACGACGACUUCACGAUCGGCGACCUGAAGCUCAAGGGCAUCGACUUUGCCGAGGCCACGUCGGAACCCGGCCUGGCGUUUGUCAUGGGCAAGUUCGAUGGUAUCCUUGGCCUUGCGUACAACACGAUCUCGGUGAACAAGAUCACGCCUCCCUUUUAUGAGAUGAUCAACCAGGGCGUGCUGGACGAGAAGGUGUUCUCCUUCUACCUCGGCAGCUCAGAGGAGGACGGUGGCGAGGCGACUUUUGGUGGCAUUGACGAGAGCAAGUUUACCGGCAAGGUGACCUACGCGCCUGUGCGCCGCAAGGGUUACUGGGAGGUGUCGCUCGACAAGAUCGGCUUCGGUAGCGAGGAGCUCGAGCUGGAGAACACCGGCGCGGCGAUCGACACCGGCACGUCGCUGAUUGCAAUGCCAACCGACAUUGCCGAGAUUCUCAACAAGGAGAUUGGCGCCACGCAGAACUGGAUGGGCCAGCACAUUGUCGACUGUGACACCGUGCCGAACUUGCCGAAGCUCACCUUCUACCUGAACGGCAAGCCGUACACGCUCGAGGGCAAGGACUACGUUCUCCAGGUCCAGGGCACCUGUCUCUCGUCCUUCAUGGGCAUGGACUUGCCUCCCCCGAUCGGCCCCAUGUGGAUUGUCGGUGACGUAUUCCUGCGCAAGUUCUACACCGUCUACGAUCUCGGCCGCGACGCGGUCGGUUUUGCGAAAGCGAAGCACGCGUAA